AUGAAGAAGAUACCCCGGCUCAACAGGAACCAGCUGAGGAUGCGCCGGCAGUUCGACGUGGCGUGGUACCUGGCGGCUUGGAGUUUCUUGUCAGAGAUCUGGGCGAUUCAGAUCAUUGACAGUGCCCCCGCCGACGCGGUCAGAGAGUAUCAUCGAGAUAUCAUUCCUAAGACGGACAUAGAGACCCGACCGACGAAAUGUAAGUUUUCAGGCUAUGAUGGCAAGCCCGCUCCAGGCAUCGGCAAGAUCAUGGGCGGCGAGCGGAAGCCAUCACUGAUGCGCGUCGGACUAUUCGUCACGGAGUCUGGGCACUAUAUCAUGCCAGUCGACAACGUCUCGACGAAGGAAGAUGUUGAUCAGCAGUGCCUGAACGGGCGCGUCAUGAAUCGCAUUAACUGGUGCAUCAGCUUCAAACCCUCGGCGGCAGCAUCCAGAACUCCGACGGCAGAUUUUCGUCAAGAGCACACGCCCUUGGACGCUGGCACCGGUAAUUAUCAUCAUUUUUCAGAUAGCGAGCAGGACAUCAUCAGUCAGCUCCAGAACCUGACCAGCAGCAUCCAGAACCUUCAGCAGCAGAUCAAGCCCCAUGGCGACAGCAAUGGCAAGUUCUCGGCUACUGAGAAUGCAGGUCAUCAGAAAUGCCAGCACCUCCUGAAGAGCCCGCGGUACGGUUGGAAUAUGAAUCUUGUCGAUCAUCAGCAGAUCAUUGACACGUUCUGCAAAUGCUCAAGAGUUUGGUCGAAGUUCUUCUCUCCAGAGCGCGCUCCAUGGUCAGUGGCCAGCGCGGCGGCAGAUCCGAAGGUCAAAACCGUGGCGAGAAUGAUGGACAAGUCAUCUUUGCAAUUGAUCUCGGACACUUGCUACCGGACGAAGGAGGACUCAGCGGACUACAUCAUCGAGAACCCGGGCAAGAGAUGUAUUUGGGACGGGUCUCCAUUCGAGGACCUGAUGGACGAUGGCAGGUUCUAUCAGAAAUUGCAUGAUCAAUGUCGACAUGGCCUUCGCGAUUCAGAGGGGGAUAAGGCGAGUUGCGAGGGCGACGCCGCGGACCAGCCCAGCAUCUCGAAGAUGUUGGCCAUCGAGCCCAGCUUCGAUCUGCAGCGCUUCAAGCAUCAACUCGAGGAGGCGGCCACGGAGCAGGCAAGGUAUCCCAUUCAGCGCGAGCUGGCUGGCACCGACCCGAACGAGGGCCAGCGCGCCGCGACUGGCCUCGUGGAAAGUUACAUUCGCAGGAUUAAGGCCAUAGCCCUCAAUAACAAAGUGGACGCUAAACGAGACGGUCUGGGCAUUCCUGAUGAAUCGCUGGUUUAUGGAGCUACCAUGUCGCAGAAUCUGUUACUCAACUACAGCGGCAGCACACUGGCCAAAGCGCUGCCUGGGUUCACCCCUCGCGACUUCUACGACGGCCAGGCUUCUACGGUCACCUCCGUCAGAGGUGCGCUCGUGAUCUCGCCCGACACUUGCGAAUCAAACGCCAGGGACGAGUGGGGCAUCAAGAUCGACGGCAUUAUCUACGGCAAGUGCGCCAGACGGCUUUUUGAUGUCAGUGGCGCAUCAUUCGGUCGACAGGUAAUUCGGGACUGCACUAAGAGAUCUCAGCACAUCGCGCGCGACAUCAACCCCAGCAGGCAAGUGCUGGAUAUUUCGGCGACGAUUCCAGGCACGAAGGAUACCGACGCAUGCAGCAUUGUUUUCUGCGCGUUCAACGCAGCUCCGGAAAACGCCGAGACUGAGAAGUACGUCCUGCCAGACCUGUCCGACAUCAGCAGCAUCGGCAACGAUCCUGGCGAUGGCUCACCAGCUGAGAAGGACACCAUCGAGUGCGACCAUGCUCCAGAGAAGAGCACUGUUAAGUACGAUGAGUUUCCUGACAGGCACUGGAUCAGCGCUUGCAUGGCCACAGAGGAGUUGGACGAGCAUCAGCGCAUCAUGAUGAACAUGGCCCAGGGCCUAUCCUACGAGACUUUGCAUCGCACUGCUAAGCGCAUGGGCAUCGAAGUCAGAGAGCAGCGGGAAGUGCAUCUCACGCCGCCGGCCAGCGUCUGGUCUGGCAUCCAAUCGGUAUUCGACGAGAACUUCUUCAUGUGGAUCAAGGAAGGCAACAUCAUGAUGGUUUGGACUGUGCACGUGGACGACAUCAUAGUUCUGGCGAGGAUGGUUCAUCCAUGCUGGAGCAUGGCUGAGAUGGAGAAACGUGUCGGGGAGAUCAAGCGUCAUCAGCUAUUGUUCAUUCACAUGGGCGUGAGCUACGAGCAGCUAGGGCCCAGGCACGUGUUCAUCCACCAGGAGAGCUUCACGGACUCAUUCAAGCAGAUCUUCAUUGAGCUGGCGCUGAAGGGCAAGACGGAGAAUGGGUGCAACCCCAAGCAUCAGCAUGACUUGAGGAGCGCGCUUUGUAGUUUGUUGUGGUUCUGUCAGACGCGCGAGGACAUCUACUGUGAGGUAGUGCAGUUGCAGCAGCCAGUGCGCAUGGCCAACGCCGGUCAUCUCAAGCAGGCGAGCCUCCUGAUCGAUCGAGCUCAGCGGAACAAGAAGAUGGCGGGACUCCACUUUGCACCGCUCAGAUAUCCAGCCCGGCCAGGUGAUACCUGGCCAGACAUGGCGGUGGUGCACAGCGUCCGCGUGGAUUUCGGGGGGAUGGGCGAGAAGGCCGUUAAGACUGCGAGCUUGAGGGGCAAGUGGUGGGACGGCAAGGUCGUCGCCCCGCCGUGCUUCGGGAAGGUCCGCUGCGACGUUGACGGCAGGGAGUAUGACAUGGAGGAGGCGGACGUGCGGCCCAGGGUCCACGCGGACGAGCCCCCCAGCGCCGCCGAGCGGCGCUUCGCCGACGGGGGCGGCGCGGAAUCGCGGCGGCGCGGCGGGUGGGGCGACGAGGCGCCGCCCGCGAGGCAGGUGCCGUCGAAGUGGCCCGCCGAGGAGAAGUUUCCGGCCGCUCCCGAGGUGCUCGAGCCCGGAGCGCCGAGAGCGCCGAGCGGCGUGAUGACCACCGGCCAGGUCAGAGCGAUGAUGGACGCGAAGGCUGCCUUUCCGGCGCAGCCGCCGCCAGCCGGCGGUUGUUGGGCGGACAGCAUGGCGAUGGGCGUGGCCACUUCCAAGGCGUCGCCGCCGUCCUUCUCCCCGCCACCGGGGCGGCCGCCGCCGAUGCCAACGCCGCCGCCCAGACCGUCGUCGGCGAUAGGCCGUCUGGAACUGGAUGUUCGGGCCGUUGGAAGCUCGACCAAGGGCCCCUGA